AUGUGUGACCAGACGUUCGUGGCGGCCACUUUUGGCCCCUGCGAGAGCUGCGGGAAAGCCAGUCCUCUUAUGAACAUCUACAUAAAGACCGAGGCCAUCAACUUCUGCUCCUUCUGUGUGGAACUGAUGACUUGUCAGGUGCUCCAAGGAGGGGAAAGCGUGGCGUCACUGAAGAGGGAGAGCGACAAUCUGAAGAAGAAGCUCGAGGAGGAGCGGGGGAAGCUGAACGACAUAGAGCUGCACCAGGUGGCUGAGAAGAGUGAGGUGUUGGGAGCUUUCGCCAUAAAGACCAGACGCUUGCUGAAGGGUCACGGGAACAAGGUGCUGUGUAUGGACUGGUGUAAAGACAAACGUCGUCUAGUCAGCUCUUCACAGGAUGGCAAAGUAAUUGUCUGGGAUGCAUUCACUCUUAACAAGGAACAUGGGGUAACCCUGCCGUGUACAUGGGUCAUGGCGUGUGCUUAUGCUCCCUCAGGUUGUGCUGUGGCAUGUGGCGGAUUGGACAACAAGUGCUCAGUGUUCCCGCUGUCACUGGACAAAAACGAGAACUUGAAUGCAAAGAAGAAGUCUGUUGCCAUGCACACCAACUAUGUUUCAGGAUGCACCUUCACCAGCUCCGACAUGCAGAUCCUGACCUCCAGCGGUGACGGCACAUGUGCCUUGUGGGACGUGGAGAGCGGGCAGCUGCUGCAGAGUUUCCAUGGUCACACAGCUGAUGUCUUGUCCCUGGACCUCGCCCCAUCCGAGACUGGAAACACUUUUGUCUCUGGGGGCUCUGAUAUGAAGGCCAACAUUUGGGACAUGCGCUCUGGACAGAACAUUCAGUCUUUUGAGACCCACGAGUCCGACAUCAACUGUGUGAAGUACUAUCCCAGUGGAGAUGCAUUUGCUUCCGCUUCAGACGAUGCCACAUGUCGUUUCUUUGACCUGCGAGCUGACCGCGAGGUCGCCAUCUACCAGAAGGACAGCAUUAUAUUUGGUGCUUCCAGUGUGGACUUCUCUCUGAGUGGUCGUCUGCUUUUCGCUGGUUAUAAUGACUACACCAUCAAUGUGUGGGACGUUUUGAAGGGAACUCGUGUCUCCGUCCUGUUCGGUCAUGAGAACCGCGUCAGCAGACUCAGAGUGUCACCUGACGGCACGGCGUUGUGCUCGGCCUCCUGGGACAACACCUUACGGAUUUGGUCCUAGAGCUGAUAUCACAGUUGUGAUCCAGUGACGACAGCACCAGCAUUGUGCGACUGCCAAGACUGCAGGUCCCUGUCUGAAAGCAACACUACUACUGCAGGAGUGUGUACAUACACACCUUCAGUGCGACAACACACAGAAGCACUGAAACCUAAAACGUGUGUCCUGAAUGAGAAUAUAUUAUGUUAUUAGAACUGUAGGGUGGGUAUUCAUUGAAGAGGCAUGUGGAUUCCUAAUCUUUGUUACUGUUGUAUAUUAUUGUUUAGCUUGAUGUCUGAUAAUUAAGUAAUAUUUAUUCCUUACAUAGUGGGACAUCUGCUCUGCCGUGUAGAACUACAGAUAAUAUCAAUCCUACAGUCGUGCUGUUUUUACAGGCACGCUGCCAGAUACAUCGUUGUGAUUGUGGCCACAGAUUAUAACAUUUCACUCUGUAUAAACCUCAA